AUGGAGAUGUUGUCAGGUGGAGGGAGAUGUGGAGGAGUUUCUCGUCUGUCAGGAGGAACGUCUGCGGCGCCCUUGGCUGAGAUGAGUGGGGUCCUUAUGGAGACGGAGCGAGCGUGCGCCGCGCUGGAAAUGAUCUCGUACACACUGAUUCAUUGCCGGACGUUUGAGGGUGAAGUCAUGCACACAUCCAGAUGCUCUGCAAUCAUCUUGUCCAUGUUGAAGCACCACAAUCACCUGCUCUUCAUAACCUCCAUCCAAACAUCCAGAUGCCUCCAGAAGGAAGAGGAGCUAAAUGAUCAUGAUGCAUUCAAGGUCAGCUUAAGCAGACUUCACACUGUGCCGUCAUUGGCUGCAGAAGUCCGCUUGUAUUUCCCUGGAGUUUUAAUAAGAACAUAA